AGUCAUCACAGCCCGGCGGUAGGGGAGGAACACAAGAAGAAGCAGGAUGAGAGUGAGACAACAACUGAGACAGUGAGGAGUCAAACAGAUGAAGAAGAGCCCUUACUGGCCUUUGGCGCCACCAACCUCCUCCAGCAUCUGUUCCUUGCCCUCGCCUCCCCCGCCUUCUUCAGAAUCCCAGCUCUUGCCUACAAGUGGAGCACCCCAAAUGGCUCGGGGUUCUUCACAGCAUACGCAGUGUUAAUGCUGGUGGUGGCGUUGCCCCUCUGUGUUCUCGAGCAAAUUCUAGCACAGUUUUCCUCCCUCGGCGUCAUCACCAUCUUCCGGUGCCUCCCUCUCCUCACAG